CGGAAGUGCCAGCUUCCUUAAAUUACUUCCGCCGAGGCAGGGCCUUCCUUUCGCCGCAAGCCCUCGAAGGGAAAUGGCGGCUCAGAUAUCGAAGAAGCGAAAGUUCGUGGCGGACGGGAUCUUCAAGGCCGAGCUCAACGAGUUUCUGACCCGCGAAUUGGCCGAGGACGGGUACAGCGGCGUGGAGGUACGAGUCACCCCGACAAGGACCGAGAUCAUCAUCCUAGCGACCAGGACUCAGAAUGUGCUGGGUGAGAAAGGGCGCCGAAUUCGUGAGCUGACUGCUGUUGUUCAGAAGAGAUUUGGUUUCCCAGAAGGAAGUGUUGAGCUCUACGCUGAAAAGGUUGCCACUCGAGGGCUUUGUGCCAUUGCACAGGCAGAAUCUCUGCGCUACAAGUUGUUGGGAGGCCUUGCUGUACGAAGAGCCUGCUAUGGUGUUCUCCGUUUCAUUAUGGAAAGUGGAGCCAAGGGCUGCGAGGUAGUUGUUUCUGGAAAACUUCGAGGCCAGAGAGCCAAGUCCAUGAAGUUUGUCGAUGGUCUAAUGAUCCACAGUGGUGAUCCUGUCAACUAUUAUGUUGAUACAGCUGUGCGACAUGUACUGCUGAGACAAGGUGUGUUGGGCAUUAAAGUUAAAAUAAUGCUGCCUUGGGACCCAAGUGGGAAAAUUGGACCCAAGAAACCUCUCCCUGAUCACGUCAGCAUUGUUGAGCCCAAGGAUGAAAUCUUGCCAACAACGCCCAUUUCAGAACAGAAGGGAAGCAAACCAGAGCAACCUGUGAUCCAGCAGGCUGGGCCAGUUCCUACUGCAUAAUUGGUGUGAAAUCAACUGAGAAUUUUCUGUAAUUAUGCAAUAAAAUGGAUU